AUGGAGCGUCUAAUAGAGCAGAACGAUGAAGAUUCGAAACAAGUUAUCGAAGUUAUCCAGCGGUACGCCGACCUUUCCGAGCGUGAGCCGUGUAGAAGACCGCCGUCGGCCAAAGAUAUUAUCAAGGCCAUAUUUGAUCAUAAAAGGGACGAAACUCUCUGGCUUCUCUCACAACAAGGCAUCAAAGUAUCGAAACCGGACCAAAAUGGUCGCACUGUGCUCUCCUACGCUGCCGAGCGAGGAUGGACAGAGGUAGUUCAAGCUGCAUUGGGAGUUGGUUCCAAAAUUAACGGGCCGGACCUGAUCGGCCGGACAGCAAUCAGCUGGGCCUCGGAAUUUGGAGAGCCCACAAUGGUCAAGCUUUUAAUAAGCCAGCAAGCUUCCCCCACGCUUCCAGAUCAUUUCGGGCGGACACCGUUGUCCUAUGCUGCGUCUAGGGGCGAUAGAGCGGUAGUAGACGUCUUGUUGAAAGAUAUCAGGGUCGAAACCUUGGCAUGCGAUCUCGAAAACAAGUCUCCUCUUUUCUGGGCAUCAGAAAAGGGACAUGUUGAGGUGGUUACUACUCUGCUCCGGAGGAGAAUGGACAGAGCUGUCAUUGACGAGCAAACCGUGGGAAAUGGCCUCACUCCAUUGUCUGUUGCGCUUGUGAAGAACCACCUAGAGGUCGCAGAGCUACUUGUAGCCAAGGGUGCAAGCUACCGGCACAUACGAAUCGAAGGGCUUUAUCCUCUGGACUGGGCAGUGGAUUGUGGCCGUUGGUCAAUCGUUGAAUUUCUGCUGAAGUGCUCAAACAAGGCACCAGAAUAUAAGGUAGUAUUGGAGCGACCAAAGACGAGUGUUGUGUUGUUGCUGAGGCGGAAUGGCGUUUUUAUUUCUCCGGCGUCCUUGCGCAGCCCUCUCCUGCCAACAACAAGAGACGGAAUCACAGUGGCGCAGCAUGAUGCUGAUGGCAAUGUGACUGAAGUGACGGAGGAGAGUGCGCCGUUAUUCCUGUCAAAGGGCUAUAGGCUGGAGGCCUAUACCUGCUCUUAUCAGUGCUCUUACCUCAAUCUGAGUAUCCGAGACGAGCCAACGAUUCUCCAAGAACUUCAUGAUAGCUAUGAAAACGCUUUGCCCAUGAGGCCGGACGUAUGGGAAGCAGUGGCGUGGGUCGAGGAUGUCGGGAAAGCGGGUAAGUUUCUUGAACUGCUUCUUCAUGGGCUCAAGAUUUGCCCCGAUGAAAUCCCCGAAUCGUUUAUCGAGGCUUUGCUGGGAAGAGACUCCGAGGCAGCAGAGCAAUCGAGCAUUCGAGUCAUGAUGGAAAUGCUUGGUGAACGGGCCCACGGCGCUGUACGGUUGACGCCUCGAGCUUGGAAACGGGCGGCAGCAGGCUCCGACAACUGGAUUUUGGCUUUCUUGCGCCGAAAUUGGAGCGAUUCCAUGCCCAAGGAGAUACAAGACGAGUUGUCUUGGAUUGAAAAGCUGCGUGUGGCGUUGAGGCCCAACAGCAAUGUUCCCCUGACGAAGCAUAUUGAACAGGGUCUGGAGCAAUACGCCGAGUCUGGCAAGGACUACGUGUUGCUCCUACUAGCUACAGCGGUACGAGGCCGAAUGCUGAAGGCGACGCGCAUCUUGGCCCAGUGGCCUGGUCUGGAUAUCAAUGCGCCAGUGCUGCCUAGACGGCGUCCUGUGCUGUUCGCGGCGCGGUCGCGUGAAAUCGAGCAGGUUUUGAUCGACGCUGGCGCGCAUCAGGACUUUGAAGACCUUUUUGGGGAAACGUACAAGUCGUACCGAGAACGCCAUCCUGUAUCCAAUCCCUAG